AUGGGUCCGGAGCCGGAGGCCUCCACUCCGCCACGACCUGAAGCUGCCCCCCAGGAGGAGGCCGCCAAAGCCGCUGCAGCAAUGGAGACAGCGGUAGCAGCUUCAGACGAUGAGGCCGGGCCCUCACCAGCUGAGCCAGCAGCUGAAGGGGCCGCUGCCAUGGCGGAGGCUGCAGCGCCAGAGGCAGCAAAGGUGGCGGAGAUCACAGCUCCGGAGGCCGCAGAGGUGGCUCCACCGGAGGCAGCGGAAGCGGCGGAGGCGACGGCACCAGGGGUCGCCGAGGUUGCCAGUAGUUCCGCACCUCCGGCGGAGGAGGAGGAGGAGGAGACAGAGUGGGAGAAGCUGGAGGCUGAGCGCCUCCGACUCUCCGACUGGGAGGUCCGCCUAGGCGACCGCAUCAACUCCGUCUCCGCCCGCUACGCCGAGGAGCGCGCCAAGCUCGUGCAGGGGCGCGAGCUUCUACAGGAAGAGCUGGAGCAAGCUCGCAUCCGGGAGGUGGCGGCGCUCCAACGGGAGAAGGAGGCCGCGCGGCGGGAAGCGGAAGCCCUUAAGGGGCUGAUCGCUGUGGAGGAGAGGAUGGAGGUGGUAGCGGACAGGGAGCGGACCGCCGGAGAGCUGGCGACUAAAGUCAGGAGGGCGUCGGCAAUCAUCGAGGCGGAAAAUUUGGCGCCGGCGGUGGCAAAGAGAGAGGAAGGGCUGGCGGCCCGCGAGGCCGAGGAGGAGCGCAAGGCGGCCCUCCGAGAGAGGGAGGCCAAGGUGGAGGAGCUCCUGGCGGAGCGGGGUGCCAGCACCGAUCGGAUUACGAGAUGGGUUGGCGCGGUGAACCCUCUGCUCGAAUCGCUCGGGGCCAACCCCAUCUGGGUGACAGGGGCUCCUUCACCCCUCGGCGCCGCACUCCAGGUCCUGGACACCACUGCCGAGUGGCUUCGGGACGUGGAGGCCAACAUCCAGGACCUCCUGGAGACGGAAGGGCGCGAAGUUGCUCGGGGGGUGGCGGAGUACAUUCUUACCAGCUUCUGGAGCCACGACCCCGCCAUCCAGUUGACACCUGUUCUGGUCGGACCCCUCCGGGCGACGGCGGCCGCCGUGCGGGAAGGAGUCCUGGAAGCGGCGGGCAUGGUCGCAGCUCGCCUCCGGCGCCGCCCCGAACCUGCAGAAGGUGGGAGUGCCUCCGGACCGCCAGGGCAGUAG